GGGUUUCCUCGGUAACGCGCUCUUGAAUUCCACACAGAGCUGCGUGAAUUUCAGUACGAGGGGACAGAACGACUGGACAGCGGUUGUACAGCCAGGCAAAUUGACGUAGCCGUGUCCCUAGGUUUGUUGCUGAGGGGGCAGUUGCGGUAGUGGCAGAGGUCAACAAUGGCGGAUAUCAGUGAGCAGUGCGCACCCAUCGUGGUGUACCAGGAGGACGUGAGCGAGAACCCUGUCACUGCGCGAAGCAAGAAGGAGAGCCUACAAGAGUCCUCACGCACUCCAGCCUCCUGUUUGGUGGGUUCAAUAGGGACCCUCAGUGCAAGGAUUGCCCGUUUGCCUCCCCUCUUCAGCUCUAUGGGUUAUGACUGCGGACAGACGCUACAUACUCACCUAGCUGCUAUCACAGAGGGCAAAGACAGACAAGACAAGGCGGGGUCAAAGUUCACGCGGCUGUCGUCCCAGCAGGACUCGUCCACGUCGCUGCAGAAUCGCAGGCGCAACAUGCCAGCUGAAAAGCGUGAAGUGGGCAUGCCCAAGCUGGUGGAGCUGUAUCAGUACCCAGGGUUCAGAGACGACAUGCCCAUGCCCCUGCCACACAGCAACACCUUCUCUACCAUCAUUACCCACGUAGUGAGGGCACAGCCACACCUCACUGACAAGCCCAGGUACAAGGCAGUGUUCCAAAGCAUCCUAUCUUCUUCUAUGAUGGAGGACUUUGUCAUCGACUCCUUCUGGUGGCUGUUUCUACAGCACUUCCAGCCAGACGCACGCAUACAGGACAGCCUGUUUGCACGAAUCGCAGAGAAUUACAUCCGAAUCCUGACCCAGAGUCUAACAUCACGCAGUGGCAAGUGGUUUCUCAGGGAGUUCCCCAGUACCCUGGCCCAGACCCUGUACUGCUGCUUCAGUUGUUGUUUCCCUCAGUCCUGCAGAACCCUCCGCAGUGACACCUUCCUCAUCCCACUGUGCUUCACUGCCUACCAGUGGACAGGAGGUAUCUGUCCUGCCCCUGAUGUUUUUAAGAAGUGGGAUUUUGAGGCUCUGGAGCCAGAGGAGGCCACUCAUGUUCAGUUUGUUUCUGGGAACAAGAGGAAUGAGAAAGAGAGUGACUCAUGUCUGUCUCUCCUGGACAGUAUGUUCUCCAGUGUCUAUGUUGAUGAGCCCUUUCAUAGUAAAUUGACCAGUACUGCCACCACUCUACUGAGGAACAAACCGAGCUCAUUGCUGACCAGUAGUAGUCACACCACUCGGGAGAGCCAGCCAUCUAAAAGCACAGUUAACACAACMAGCACUACGUCAGGCUCGGAAGAGAAUACUGUGGGCUCAGCGAACAUCACAGGGACAGACCUGAAGGCCAUGACUGGACAGGCCAACCAGACACCUGCCAGAGAGUCCCAUGUAGCCUACCCGGGCGUGGCGUUUAAGCGCAGUGUGUUUAAUGUGUAUGGCAACAGUCCUCUGGUGCAGUACUACAUGCGUGUUCUCCACAUGGACCCCAAGGUGGGACAGGAUUUACUGGUGGUCCGGACCGAGAUCAGCAAGCUGCCUCCAUAUCCUCACAAUGAUAAUAAUGGAGUGUGUGUGUGUGUGUGUACUGUACCUAUGUGAGUGUGCGUCCUUGCGUGGGUGUAAAUGUGUAAAUGUGUAUGUGUGUGUCCCAGCGCCAACCAUGUACCCCACAGAUCAUUCUGUUGAUAAAGUUAGAGGGUGCUCCUGUAUUAGCCAUUCUGCCGCCCUCAUCCACAUACAGU